AUGAACAAGGAGGUCCCAGGAACCGUCAAGAAUCAAGAUUCGCAUAUGACAAAGUUUGAGCAAGCUCUGAAUGACAAGGUCUUGGAACUUCAAGAUCAGCUACAAGAAGUCAUAAAGGGAAAGAACCAGGCCUCAAUCCAUAAUUUCCACUUUACGACAGAUCUCGCAUUUAUAGAUGAGGUAUGGUUUGAACCUCUCCCAAAAGGGUUUAAGAUGCCAGUCGUAGAACAAUACGCCGGCGCCACCGACCCAGAGGAUCACCUGGAAACUUUCAAGUCCCUCCUGUUCUUCCAAGGCACUUCCGACGCUAUAUUGUGCAGAGCCUUCCCCUCCACUCUGAAGGGGGCAAUGCGUCAAUGGUUUUCUCGUCUUCCACCACGAUCUCUCUCUAAUUUCACAGCCCUAGGCCGGGCCUUCUUGGCUCACUUCGUGAGCAGCAGGGUACACAAGAAGAUAGCUGCCAAUCUUUUGGCUAUAAAGCAACAAUCAGAAGAAUCCAUCAGAAGUUUUCUUACAAGAUUUAAUAAAGAAGCCCUACAGGGGCAAAACUUGGAUCUAAUGGAGAAGUUUCAAGCUCUGCGAAGUGGAAUCCGGGAUACAGAGUUGAAAAAGUCAUUAAUCAUGGACGAACCAGGAGAUAUGUAUGAACUUUUCUCGAGAUGUGAAAAGUAUAUUAACUUGGCUGAAGUCCUUGCGGCAGAAAGAGAAGAUAAAACCGAGAAGAAAGCUCAAGAGAAGAAGGAAGAAAUCCCCCGAGAGGCCGGCUCGAAGCUUAACCGAGAUGAUGUUGAUGGAAAGAAUAGGAGAGAUGAUAGGAAAGCUUGGGUUCCUAGGGCUGUAUAUCGAGAAUUCGAGCCAAGCUAUAUUGCCCUGACCCAUGCCCGGGCACAUAUAUUAAACGAGAUCAAAGAUCAGACGACACUACGCUGGCCAGCCAAAAUGGUCAAGCCAGCCCACGAGCGCAACAAGAAUAAGUACUGUCGUUUUUACCAAGAUCAUGGUCACAAUACCGAGGAAUGCAGACAGUUAAAAGGUGAGAUAGAGGCGCUCAUCCAGAGAGGGCGUCUCAGUAGAUUCGUCAAGAAAGAGGCGAAUGAUCGAAGGACAAAUUACAGAGCUCGAGAGCCCGAGGGAAGGCGGAGAUUACCCCCUAAGGCUGAUAAAGAACUCCCCUGA